AUGCUCUCGCGGCACGUGCGCAAGUGCAGCCCACGGGCCCUCUGGGUCCGGUGGGGCGGCACAAAAGCCCCUUCAGUGUCGAACCACGAUGUAGACGACAGCGAUCCGCUGAAUACUGUCUUUGACGAGAUCGAAAGCUGCGACACAUCCGUUCAUGUGGAGAGGCGUGAGUGGCCAAAAAUGCCCGAGCCCAGUGGCGCACCAACCAGAGCAUGUAACACUGUCCCAUCGGUUUUAGACACAGAAUUGCGGCUUGAAGAAGCAAAGCAUAAGCGACUGCGGCGUCAGCUGAAGGAUGCUACUGAGGAGCUCGACGCUCUACUGAACGAAAGCCGCCGGACCACAGCCGCUGUCUCGAGUGCCAUGUAUGUACCUGCAAGGGCUGCGAAGACGUUCUUGUCCUCAGCUGAAUUGGUUCAGGAAAAGUCACCUCAAGAGUUCGUAGCACUCGAAAACAGCAAAGCAGAACUGGAUCACCUUCCAGCGCUGCGUCACUCGGGAUGCUCUGCAGUAGUGACUUUAGUGGGAGUUGUUACUGAGUCACCAACAAGCGUCAGCGUAGUGCUUCCAGGGGUGAGUGAGGCAACUAACUGUGUUGAGUUUGCGGUACGGUACGAUGUUCCGUUUUUCCAGGCGCAAACGUCCAUGGGGAUAGUGAUUCGGACAGUUGGUGCAUCACUCUCUGCGUUUGCGAAGGAGAGUGUUGGUGUGGGGGAUGUUGUUCACAUUUUAGGCCAUUUGGUCCCGCUGACAGAGCCGAGCAGCAAGGGCCACUUGUGUUGUGUGUACGUGCUUCCGGCUGGAGGCAACAUGUCUGUUAUUCUUAUGAAAGCUACGUCAUGA